AUGUCUUCCUCUUUUCCCGAUGGAGAUGAGAGUGUCUUCGAGCGUUUGCAACAACGCGCAGACCCCAAGGUGCUGGAGGAGCAACAGCAGGCCGUGAAUGAGCGCAUGCAAGCUAUCUACCAGAAGGCUCAGAAUCGACUUGCUGAAUUGAUCGACCAAAAUUCGACGUUGCCUUGCACUAUCUCUUCUGUUCAAGUCACAAGUGCCCCUCAUACCCGACGAAGCUUCCUCGAGCGCAACUUGAACCCCCUUUUGAGUGCAAACAAGGGUCGGCCCUAUACACUCUCUGAAGCAUUGCGGGAGAUAUCCGCCACCGCAGACAGACUCGGAAGAUUCGAUUUGUUCCAGCAACCCAUCUCGAUCUACUUAGAUGAAUCGCAAGGCCACAAUGGCAUGCGCAACAUUGAUGUCCACCUAGCGACGCGGGAGAAGUCCCGCGUGCUGAUGAAGACAGGAACAGAUCUGGGUAAUGCUGAGGGCUCGGCCUACGGUAAUCUUCUCUGGCGCAAUGUCUUGGGUGGUGCCGAGACUUUGAAUUUAAACGCCUCGCUUGGUACCCGAACACGAUCCGCUUACCAGGCUGCAUUUGAGACUCCAAUUUUAGGCGAUCCCGAUUUCCGCCUGGAAAUUGGCGGCAUUGCGAGCUCCACUCAAAAGUCCUGGGCAAGCCACGAGGAGGUUCUCAAGGGCGGCUGGGGCAAGCUCCGAUGGAUGUCCGAAUCAGGCCACCGCCACGAAUUUGGAUAUAACGGUUUCUGGAGGCAACUUACUGGUCUUGCCGAGAACGCAUCUCCUACUGUACGUGCAGAUGCAGGUGACAGCGUAAAGAGCAGCAUAUUCCAUAGCUGGGUUAAUGACCAGCGAGACAAUACUUUUUUGCCGUCUCGUGGCUACUACGCCAAGGUCUUUAAUGAAUUGGCUGGAUUCGGUCCACUCAAGGGUGACGUCGCUUUCUGGAAAUCGGAAAUCGAGACACAGGGCGCCAUCUCUGUUCCAAUUCCAGGAAUAAAAGGUGACAGUGGCGUCAGCCUCACCACUGGAUUCCGUGCUGGUCUUCUCUACCCUCUCGGACUGGAGUCCAACUCCCGCCCUCAACUUUCCCGUGUGAACGAUCGUUUCCAACUUGGGGGACCUACGGAUGUCCGUGGAUUCCGUCUCUGCGGACUUGGUCCUCGUGAGGGUGUUGACUCACUGGGUGGUGAUGUAUACGCCGCCGGAAGCGCUAAUUUGCUGUUCCCACUUCCCCGACUUGGCGCUGAGAAACCUGUGCGAUUCCAGGCAUUCUUGAAUGGUGGCCGCCUCCUUCCUCUGCAAACCUCGCAAAAAGCCACUCCUACUACCAAUGGCGAGGUCCAAAAUGCUAUGGCCUCAACCUUAUCUGAACUUCAAAAUGGUCUGCCCAGUAUCGCAGCUGGCUUUGGUAUCGUGUAUGCCCAUCCCGUAGCUCGCUUUGAGCUUAACUUUUCCUUGCCUUUGGUGUUGCGAAAGGGCGAAGAAGGCCGCAAGGGGCUGCAGUUGGGCAUCGGUAUCAAUUUCCUCUAA